CUACCCAUGACGCCCAGCAGCCCUGGGCGCGGCAAGGUUGUUGAUGUUGUCAUCACUGUCUCCGCCUGGAUAACCAUCAGGAUUCACUUGGAUAUAGCAUCUCUUUGGAGACCUGAUAGUUGAGCAAAAUGUGGUCCAUCACAUUAGCAGCAGUGUUAGUGUUGUGUGUUCCUGGAAGCAAAGCUGCCGAGGAGACUGAAUGCCCCUUCCUGGCGGGCCCGUGGCAGAAUGAGAUAGCCCAGGCAGAGGAAAACCUCGGCAUCUCGAUCACUGACCUGGCCGAUGGGAACAUAUUCGAGACCCUCAAUGCCUCCACCAUUGUGGAGAAAUGCAAACAGGAGAACAACGCCGACAUCUUCAAAUGGCUACAGAUCAUCGGCGAACACAUCAACCGUUGUCGCUAUGACGACACGAAACCGAGGCUGGACGCUUUCAACAUCAAAGGCUUGAAGAAGGCUUUUGAGUUUAUUUGCAAGAACGCGACCAACCUCAAGGUUAUUGAAGACAAGAGCACGUGCGUAGAGGAGAACAGGGACGCCAUCAUGAAAUGCCACAAGGAUGGUAUGGCGAAGGCCACAGACAAGGACAUAAUGUAUCAGAAAUGCAGUAUCCACCGCAUGCAUGCCUACUGUGCCAAGAAGGUUCUCAAGGAAAAGUGUGGCAAGAAAAUCGCAUUCAUCAAGGAAAAGGCAGCAAAGCUUGCGUUCCCUCCAACGUGCGACUGCAAAUUUGACACCAAGCGCAAGACCUUUACAGUCGCCCGUGACAAGGACUGUGUGAAGGACAAGGACUGCUGGUCUCACCCCGUGGAAGGCCGUCUCCUCGAGUCACAGAUGCAAAAUGAUAUCUUGUUCGGAGCCAGAAACAUCAAAAUGUUGGAGGAUUUAUGCGCGAAAGGUGAAUCACAAGAUGCCAAGCCCAAAAUUGUCGGCCUCCUCGGCACAUGCUUCGAUAGGGGGAGCCUCUGUACUUACCCAGUCCAGAAGUACAAAUUGAUGCUCAUCAACUUUGAAGGAUUGAAAACGGCAGCUGGAAUGAUGUGUGAAAAAAUCGAUGUCUUCAAGAACGACAAGGAGUGUGUGGAGAAAGAGAUAGAGAAGACAAAGAUUUGCAUCGACAACGCGGUGAAAAACAUCACAGCUGACUUGACGGCAGCUGGCGAGCAGGAUAACAUGAAACAAGUCAUAUGCAGGAAACACAAGGAAUUCGUUGACUGUGCCCAACAGCAUUUCGGCAAGUGCUCCUCAUCAGUUUUGGACAUCGUCAAAAAGAUUGUUGCCGAGCGAGAGCCCCGGAUGUGUAACUGUGAGAAUGUUGGUUACGACCCUGCAAGCGGCGGAAGCGACGUCAUUAGAUCUUCUUCUAUCAUGAGUGGAGUUUUGAUAAUACUCGGUUUCCUUCUGACCAAAUAUUUAUCAUAAUGUGUGAAUUUAUGGAGAAAAAACGAUGGUCCUGUUUCAUUCGUCAAGUCAAAAAGUUUACUCGGCUUCGUGUACAUUAAGCACAUGUACACCCUUAACAGGAUUCUUGUAAGUUUCUUAGUGAUAACGAAGAAUCUUCCAAGAAUCUUUAUAAUAUCUUUAAAAUAACUAACAUAUUGUCCAUGCACACUUGAUAUACCCUUAACUAUGAAUAAUCUAAAGUCAAUAUCACAAUUGUAACUAUCUGGUUUGUGAGACUCGUAGCUAUUGCGAUAUGUACAGAAGAGACCGCUAAGCAACACCGUCAGUAAUGUUUUGGGUGAUAUAGAAAUAUAUUGUAUCGUCUUGACUAUUAUUACAAGUAAUAACAUUAACAGUUUUGAACCUCAGGUAUUACCGAUGUUUGAUUUAUACGAUCAUUCUGAGGGAAAGAGGCAUCCUCUCAUUACUUGUAGCAUAGAACAUCAUGACCAUACCUUACAAGUUAGCAGAAGGAGACAUUACUGCUAUUACAAUCAGGGAUAUUUGAAGCUUGUGGUAAGUUGGAAUAUGUAACUAGCAGAUUCAUCUCUAGAUGUGUGGCAUUUGAGUUUUGGAUUGUGAGACAGGAAAGGUACCCGUCACGAUCGUUAAUGGCCCCUCUGAAUUUAAGAGUUCAUGUAUGCAUCACAUUUCAUCGUGCAUGCCUAUUUUCAGGGUUGCCAUUCGGCUGGUGAAACCGUUAGAUGACUUAAGCCCGUGACGUUAUAUACGUAUACAAAAUCAGUUUUUCAUGUUAUCGUGACAUUGAUAUCUAGGGAUUAGGAGUCGUUAAUAGCUUCGUAUUAGAGUAAGAACGCUGAUCCUACUGAUCGAUUAACUGCAUGUUGUGUAUUUCGUAGUCUUGUCAUAUGAGACUGAUGAGGGCGCUAAAGAGUUUGAACCCUCGUCGUCAGUGACGCCUUUGGGGCAUUUGUCAUUGGCCCUUUCAUUCCGCUACAGUCCCAUAGGGAAGGUUAAAAUCGAUGUUGUUAGAAAACGAAUAUUGCUUGCAAUGCAGGCUAAUGUGAACACGAGCUGACAGGGAGAUAUACCCAGAAGAUAGCUAUGAUCUAUCAUAUUUGGAACAUAAAAGUGGGUUGUGACGUCUCGAAUGCACAUAACCGGGUAUUUUUUCUUUUAUCAUCCUUCUAUAUAUAUUGUCGUACGGACCUCAUAGCGUCAUAUUGGCAAAUUGAGCGCCGUUUUCCUAUUUUGGAUUUCUAUAUUGGUAUAAACAUUAGAUAUAUGCACCAUAAAUAUGUUGUCAGAAUUUUAAAAAGUACUGUUAUUAAUUGUUCUAUUAUUGCUAUGUUAAUGAGUUGGUCAGGGACGCACCUUUGUUGUCAUGAACUCAGGAUGUUGAUGAUGAACAGUACUAGCAGUUAGAGUACAUUCCGCUAAGUUAUACUACAAUGCUGGGCAAACUCCAAGCAUCCACACUGAACACAUGCAGUGGCUCCUGUCGGUACCUAGAUAAUGUUGAACGGGUGGAAAAUGGAAGCUAGUUCACCCCGGAGACACUAGUAGGCCAUCAUAGGCAAUUGGUCACAAUGUACUUCUGUGUUGGGAAGGGUCUCUUAACACAGUAUGAGCCACAGUGCCAGUAACACGCACGGCCCGGUUGUUCAAAACAAAACUUGACACUAACGCUGGGGUCAGCUUAACUUGGUGUUAUAUCCUUCCGUUAAGCCCGAGUUAAGUUAACGCCAGCGUUGGUGACAGAACUUGUAAGUUGAACAAUCAGGCCCUAGUGGCAGGCAAAGUUUGUAACUCUCCGACGAUCAAGCUGUGUCUCUGCGAUGUAAUUCAGCUGACGUACCACCACAACAAAGGUGUUCCUUGACCUACUCGGACAAAAUCAAUUUAAGUCUAAAGACAAAUAAAUGUCGUAAAUUGUAACUGUGAGUAUUAGUACACAUAUAGGACAGUUAGUAGUCAAAGUAGGCAAAGUUUGUAGUUCCUUCAAGAAGGAAGACACUUUUGGACUUAGAAAUAUUAAGUUUGCGUAUAAUUGACAUGAUUUGUUAACCAAGUUCCUUCGUGUUUACCGGAAGUGGACUACAGUGCCAUGUGAAUCUAGUGCCAUAAUUUAUAGCGGGUAUGUUCGUAUAAUCACAUUGUCAGUUGUCCUAGCGCCCCUAGCAGGAUCGUAGAGACGGUGGACAUUCACUGGGUCGAUGUGAAGUUCAACGGUAAUGUAAAUUGCUGCAAUAAGAGCGACAAUGAUACUGAAAAUGCUUUAUAUAUCGUCUUCCAAGUGUCGACGGACAUUUAACGAGAGCCUUAGGAAAAUUUUACGCGGAAUAUCGCAUACAAAUAUGUUCUAACUCACUAUCUCCCAGGAAACGUAGCGAUAGUAUCGGCACGUCCCGCACGGUAUCGCUGAUAUGCAGCGUUCGAUCACCCCGAAUAACCCAUAGUUCUUCCAUUGUUGACCCAGAUCCAUGGUCAUCCCAGCGUUGUCUUUACCUUAUUACCGUAAACUUUAUAACCAUUCGCUUCCUGUAUCCAUGGCAGCUGUGUAAUAUUUGCAAGUUACAUUUCGAAAUAUAUGUGUCGUCCAUUAAAAGUAUUUAGUUUUUAAA